AUGUCUGAAAUGAACGAAUGGGUUAAGUGGAUUGAUGAAGCUAUUGCUAAAAAGCAUAUUAAGCAUUACGAGUAUAAAUAUUUUAAACAUAUUCAAGAAAUUGGUACUGGUGGUUUUGGAAAGAAUCAAAGUGACAACAUUAAGACAUAUCUUUUAGUGAUGGAGUACGCUGAUGGUGGUUCGCUUAGCAAGUAUUUGAAAGAAAAUUUUGAGAAACUUACAUGGGAAGUUAAACUUAAACUUGCUUACCAGUUGGCUAGUGCCGUAUCAUGCUUGCAUGAUGAAGACAUAAUACAUCGUGAUUUGCAUUCUAAUAAUGUAUUAGUCAAUCAAGAUACUAUUAAAUUGGCGGAUUUUGGAUUGUCAAAGAGAAUCGAAGCGUCAACUAAAAAGAAAAAAGAUUUAUUUGAUGUAGUUCCUUAUAUGGAUCCAAAGAAAUUCAGCAAUAGAUCAUAUUCUUUAAAUAAGAAGAGUGACGUAUACAGUGUAGGCGUACUUUUGUGGGAGAUAUCAAGUGGUAAACCACCUUUUUAUGUAGAAGGAGAGUCAUAUGAUGGUUGUUUAGCUGUGCAAAUUAUGCAAGGCCAUAGAGAAACUACUGUUCCUUAUACUCCCAUUGAAUACGUUAAGCUUUAUACUGAAUGUUGGGACGACAACCCAAAGAAUGGCCAUCUAUUCAAGAAGUUGUUGAAAGAUUAG